CAAGGAUCAGGGAUCAAGGAUAUCAGGCGUGACCAACAUCAUGCUGAGGUUUGAUUACGCCUCUUCCCUACUCUCUCCCUCCCUACUUUUCUCCAAAAGGAUGAUGAAUCCCACCCGCCGUUUGACGUCAUAUCUUGGGAAUCCUUUCAACUUUCGCUGCAAUACAAAAACUGGUACGGGGGUGUUGUUGCCGUUGAACAAACCACUGUGAACCGCCAAUUGGUGAUUUUUCGCGUGGAAUAUCUUGUUUCUUCACACACAUACUUCGAGUGCGUCGCGCAAGUCUUUUCUUGACUACCUGACCGAGUCUGGGUAUAUAGCCUGCCUUUGGAACUGGAAUUUACAUUUCACCCACACACACAAGGGUCUCCUUCCCAUCACCACCAAACAAACCAACGACAUUGCCUGUCUAGGUAUACGUGACUACGAGUUUUCAAAUCGUCAACUCUACCCUACUCUACACAAGUCAGCACAGAUCCGAAAACCAAAAACCAAAACCAAAGACAAAAACAAAAUGCCAAUCAAUACUUCAUCUUCCGACGAGGGAGUCACCGGUGCGGCGAAAUUCGUCACUUCCACCAUUGGUAACACCGUUGGAGGUGUAGCUCGUACAGUCGGAGGUGUCACCGGUGCAGCUGGUAGGGGAGUCGGUGAUACCAUAACUGGCGCGACAGGGAGCCUCGGCAAACCUCUGGGUGACGGGUUGAACAAUGCGGCCACAGGACUCGAGAAUGGCACUCGCAAGGUCGCUCAGGGUGUGGAGGACGCCGGGGAGUGGAAGAGUGGCGCAAAGAGAAUCUGAGUCGUGCAAGAAAACCACCAACAACGACUCGGAUAUUGAAAGAAAUGUACCAUGUCUCUGUUGAUGUGAUGGUGGAAAGAAGAAGAAGAAAAGAGCAUUAAUAGCCCCCGCCCCCCCGAAGGACGAGUAACGGUCAUGACAAAGAUGGGACGAUCGUUUUUCAUCAUCAUCAAAACUGUAUGAAU